GUGUGUUUGGAAACACAUGUAGAAACAGACGUAUGAGAGAAAAUAAGAUCAUAACUACGUAUAAUGAAAUUGUAAUACUGUUAUGUAGUAAGAAUAGAAAUAGUCAAAUCCUCUCUCUAGUAACACUAUAGGGAAGUAACGUUAGCUGUAGUACUGACAGGUUAUGGAAGGGGUCCGGUGGGCGUUCCGGUGCGGUUCGUGGGUCCCGACUCGUUCAGAGUGGACACUAGCGGCUCGCUGCGUGCAGCUGGAGGAGAAAGAACGAAUCGGUCAGUUCGUGUUCGGCAAAGAUGCGAAAUCUGCAAUGGCUGGACGUCUACUGAUCAGAAAGCUGGUGUGUGAGAAGAUGGGUUAUGCAUGGAACGGAUUUCGAUUGGAACGAACAGCGCGGGGUAAACCUUACCUGCCACGCCUCUCUCCUGCCACAGGCCCCGCCUCUAGCCACACCCACUGGAACUUUAACUUGUCGCAUCAGGGAGAUUAUGCGGUGCUGGCGGCAGAACCUGGACCGCAGGUGGGUGUAGACGUGAUGAAGACCAGCAAACCAGGCAGUAGCUCAGUGCAAGAGUUUUUCCGCAUUAUGAAUCGCCAGUUCACGGAUCUGGAGUGGAAGAAUAUCCGGGCAGCCGGAUCAGACUGGGACCAACUGGACAUGUUCUACAGACACUGGGCAUUGAAGGAAAGCUUCAUUAAAGCCAUUGGCACAGGGUUGGGCUUCGACCUGCAGAGGGUGGAGUUUCACAUUUCGCCCAAUCAGAUGCAAGAGGGUCAAGUGUACCGCCAGACACGAAUGUUCCUGGAUAAUGAAGAGGAGGACUGGACAUUUGAGGAGAGCUUACUGGAUAAAGUUCAUCACGUCGCCGUUGCGCUGGGAAAACAAGAGCAUGAUGGGAGUUUUUGUGACGCCCCACCCAUUUCAUUUACACUGUUGAGUUUUAGUGAUCUGGUGUCCAGAGCCACGCCCCUAUUAGAAGAAGACCCCGUCUACUGGGAGAGCUUUCAGAAAAAAAAGGACGCACCUUCAAGACAAAGCGAACGGCAGUGACGUUUGCUUCCAGCAGAUUAAACUGAUUUUUUUUACUUCAGACUUUUCAGAUUUUUUUUACUACUUAUUACUUUGGAAACUGAAAAGAUUAUAUUAUAUAUUUUGGGGUCGUUCUUUAUUCUGUAGUGCCUUUUGAACUCAGUAGACUUUAGAGCUGAACACAUAAUGGCCAGUAAAUGAUGAAAAUAAAGAUCUGAAGUUAGUCAUGACUCAGUGAGGGAUUGACAGUUAGACUAGGUUACAUGAGACUCAACUAAAACAGUCUCAAAAUUUUUUAACUUUUAAUAUAUAGCUAUAUUAUCAAAUUUAUCAUGAAAUGUUUUACAGUGAGAAAAAGAGUUAAUUGCACAAAACAUCACAGCAUUUUUAAAAUCCAUUGCUCAAGCUUAUUGACAUUUGUGCUGUUGUUUUCAUUGUUUUCAAAUGAUGUCAAUAAGAAACUAGCAUUUCUUCAGAAUAUAUAACAAAACAUUGAUAUAAAAAGUAUUAUAAUUCUAAAUUAUUCUCUUGUGAAGGGGUUUUUCUUUAUCAUGGAGAGGAUAAUGCCAUCAUCCACCAAUUUUAUUUUAUAUAGACAUCCAGGAUAUUAUUGUUGCUAAGCUCACCAGUGUGUUUUUUUUUCUCAGAAUGUACCAAAUUGUUGAUUUACCGAAUUGUUGUCUUUCUGAUGGAUUUGUUGUGUUUUUGAAAUCUAGCUAUGGUCUGUUUCACUUGCAUGGAGAUCUCCCUGAACCCCAUGAUGUGGGUUCACAGCUACAGCUUCCAAAUGCAAACACCACAUGUAGAAUCAACUCCAGACCUUUAACAUGCUUCAUUUAUGACAAAAUUAUUUAAGGAAAAGCCCACACCUGUCCAUAAAACAUUAUUUUUGGUCCCUUAAAAGAAGGGGAGAGCUGCAGAUUAAAGAGCUGUAAAUCCCUAAACCUAUCAACUAAUCUGGAUGUGAAUACACUCGAAAUAAAGCUGAGAGUGUGCACUUUAAGACAAUAUCUAUUAUAUAACUGUAACUCGAAUACAUUUUGUUACACAGCUAAAAUAACAAAAAAUGUGCCUCUGUCCAAAUAUUUAUAUUGGUGAGCAAUUUCAACAAUCCCCCCAAAAAAACAAAACGUCUGAAACAUUAACUAAAGAACGUCUUUCCAUUUAGAAGUUGCACGUCACCCAGGGAAAUCUGAACAGAAGUACAUAAAUUACUUAAAGUUUCCCUGAUGUUCACUUAAUAGUGAUGAAAGGAAACAUAUUUUACAAAAAACAUCUAUGCAUUCCAGGGAUUGUGAGUUUAAAGCCCUUAUGAAAUCUAUUUUUUCCUGUCACUGUAAGAAUAAAGGUAUUACUGUAAUUGUAAAUACUGUACUGAUAUUUCAAAUAUAAAUACUUUUAUGUGGUUUUGACAAAUAUUAAACAAUUAUAAUUGAAUUAAAUUAAAUUGAUGAUUUAAGCAUGAUUAAGACCAACCUUUUCUGAUACAGAGAGUAGAGAAUAAUUCAAGGUUUAAGUCUCUAAUGAAUGCUUAGGCUCUCUCUUCCUGCUAGGUCAGUGUGACUGUGAAAAGGGACUUCUUAUCAUCAUGUUUGAAAACAUCUUUUAACACACUCUACCCUUGAGGAGGUUGUGUAUGUGUGAUUGUAUUGUAUCAGGAAGGUGAGAAAGAGUGGAAAGACACGAGACAGACAUAACGUCAUGUUUUAAUUCGUAUUAUAGUACAUGCCUGUCAUCUUUGAUAAUCUAUAGGACUAUAUGUCCUGUCUCAUGACUCCAGAAGUGUUUGAGAGCUUUGAUUGUGAUUGUGUUUAUCUAUUGAAGCCAUUACCCAAGUAAUGGCGUAGUAAGUUGACUCUGUUAGCUUAAAUACUACUGCAUUUUGGAUGAACAUGGAUUUCACUGAACAUGGCAUGACGCAAUGAAAACUCAUGACUUACAAAUGGCAAAUAUAGAAGAAAACUGCAACAUUUUACUCACCAGAAGACAAAUGUUUAAAUAUCCCAAAGCUUAAUCCAAACUCCUUCAUGAGCUUUUCCGGUUAUCCUAAAAUAUAUCAAUGUAAAACAAUUAUUUAGCUUUGUUUUACUGUUAUAAAUGU